CGGAGACCGAUCCGAUAUGCCGAUAAGUACUUUCACUACAUUACGAAAUCGCAAGCUGCUUCUGGAUCUGCAUCCAGGCCGUUCACGCCACACACUUUGUGUACGCACACACACACACCAUCCGCAGCCCAAAUCGACGAAUCAGCGGCCGGCGAAAAAAAAGUCGGCGGUCGCGCAGCCCGUCUGAUCUGCCUCUCCGUCGUCUGCAGCUGUCGAUUCGCCGUCAUCCAGCUUGAUAUCGCAUCUACACCGUCGCUGCCAAGCUCGCCCAAUCUCCAUCUCGCUCCUCUACACGCCCACGCUGUUGUAUCCCGCUGCCAUGUUUGCUGCCCGUCGCCAGAUCGCACGCUCCUUCGCUGCCUCCUCCCAAGCGGCCUGCCUGCCGCUCCCGGCUGCUCUUUCGGCAAGACGUCUUGUCCCAGCCGUCGCUCGUCUGUACACCACCGAGUCGGCCUCGCAGCCCGCCGACGCUAAUGCGCCCAGCCAGAAGGAGCUGAGCGAUCAGUUGGCCAAGCUUCAUCAGACUCUGGCCGACAAGGAGUCUCAGAUCAAGGACCUGCACGACUCGUACCGCCGCUCCCUCGCCGAACAGGAAAACAUCCGCCAGCGGACACGGAAGGAGAUCGAAAACGCCUCUCAGUUCGCCAUCCAAAAGUUUGCCAAGGACAUGCUGGAGACGGUCGAUGUGCUGGAUCUGGCUCUUGGCUCGGUCUCGGAGCAGGAUCUCCAGGCUGGCGGUGCCCUGAAGACCCUCCAGGAGGGAGUCAAGAUGACCCAGGACAACUUCCUGAAGGCCCUCAAGCGCCACGGCGUCGAGCGGUUCUCGCCUUUGGGCGAAAAGUUCGAUCCCAACCAUCACCAGGCCAUGUUCCAGGUCCCCGUGCCCAACAAGGAGCCCGGUACUGUCCUGGAGGUGACCAAGCCCGGCUUCUCUCUGAACGGUCGUGUCUUGAGACCCGCCCAGGUCGGCGUGGUGCUGGAUCCUUCGAACUAAUGUUGUCGAGACGCUAUGCGGCCUGAAAAUCCAGUCGGCAGCCGAGCCUGUCUCCCCUUUGCACGGGCUGCGACUACAUUGCAGAUCUUUGUCAGAGCAACCGGUCGCAUUUGCAACCAGCAAAUCCAUGGGACAUGUCGUGCUCGAUCUACAUACAAACUCGCCAGAUCCUGGCGCUUUUUUUGAGAUCUGAUAUCUCCUUUGGGAUUUUUUUGCUCCCCUUCUUCGUCCUCCCUUUGCUUACGAUUUGCGGUCUGCUUCUCUCGUUUGUCUCUGCGUAUAUGUUAUUGUUUGUUUUUUUUUUCAUUUGCUGCUCUGGUUGCCUGGGGGACCGAGCAUGCAUGGCUGUACAGUUGAUGAUGCCGCCCGUAAUAGAUUUGCGUCCAUGCUUCUGCUGGACCGCUUCUGGACCUCCCAA